AUGUCAAAUUCGAGCAGCACUCGAUUGCUACGCUAUUGUCCUGCUGUUCACGCAGGGACGGACAUUGUGGCAAUAUUUGAUCGAUGGUUAAGCGGUCCAUGCACAAUUGCCAUCGCGAUGAUCCCCGUCGUGGGUACUGUAUUUGGUGUGAGGUUCCUUCUAAAAGCCCGUCUCAACAGGAGUUUCACUGCAGCCCUGUUCGCUCUGUGUCUCGUUGAUUUGGUUUUGAUAUUUUGUAGAUUGGUGAGCGCUUGUAUCGAAAUAACUGGCAUCGUCAUUUUGAGAAUCAAAUCCGCACAUGAAUACAAAGCAUUUGCAAUAUCACUACAGCCGAUCGGUUCAUCAAUGAUUACUGCUUCUACACUACUGGUCGUCUACAUCUCCCUCCAACGUUGUCUCGUAGUGAUGAGGCCAUUACGAUAUGCAAAGACCCUGCAAGAAAGGAGUAGCAGAAGUACGCAGAGGAGGUCAACGAAUCGAACGGAUUCCUCGUCGUCGGCGUCUUUUUCUGCUCAUUUCCUUCUCCAGCUACCAAAUAUUAGUUGUAUGCAAAACGGGUCGAUUCGAAAGAUUCUGAAGCCGUAUAUCAUCCCAGUAUUAAUCGUCCUGAUAUCCUGCCUUCUCCAUAUUCAUUCAUAUUACGAAUUUUCGGCGGUGAAAUGUUGGGAUAGAGAACAUUGUCAAGAAUCAUGGCGUGUCGCCUAUCAUUCUACAGCUAGUCCCCGGCCUAUUAGAAGAGUCCUACAAAAUCUAUUGACACGACAUUUGGGACCGGCCAUUGUUAUAACAAUAUCAACCAUUCUCACUGAAAUCAAGGUCCAGGAAAGUCUAAACGAGAGGAAAAGAUUAUUUGAAAGUCAACCCCGUCGUCGUUCGAUUUUGUUGACAGAAGACUUGAAGGAAAAAGUCUCCCGAACCGUUUCUAUAUUUAUUGCGGUGAAAUUCUUGAUGUUACGAACGCUUCCGAUAGUGUUCGAUAUUUGGAAUUUAAUUGAUGGGUUGAAAACGUAUUGGAGAAUAAUGGAUAUCAUCAUUCCGAUUGCCCCAUUUCUAACAACAUUGAAUUCUGCGACAAAUACUCUCGCGUAUUUCUGGAUGAAGAGGUGGAUGGAAAAAUUGUUGAGAUUACGUAUUGUGCGACAACUUGAAAAACGAGCACUACAUACCUCAAAAGAAAUUCGA